CCUGAAAGUGACAUUUAAAAAUUCUCAAAAUCAAUCACGCGUUCUACGAGUUGUGAAAUAUCGAAAGAAUUCAUCGGCGGCUCUCUGUACCCUCUGUACAGUUUUUCCAUAGUUUUAUCAGGUUCCCUAACUGGGCGUCCGUGUCCAGGUGUUAUCGCAAUCAAUUCAAGGUCUUCGGUAGGAAACAAGCGAACCAGUGCAAACUGAGUAGUAACGACAUGGGAAACUCUGUGAGCGCAAGUCCUGUGGCAGCACUACCGGCAGCUACCGAAUCAUCGCAGGUCGUCAACGCUCAGUCUGAAAAACCCAAAUGUAAGGCUUGCUGUGCUUGUCCGGAAACGAAGAAAAUCCGAGAUGCCUGCAUUAUGGAACGAGGAGAGGAAAACUGCGGCGAUUUGAUCGAGAAGCAUAAGCAGUGUAUGCGCGACAUGGGAUUCAAUAUCUAGAAUGGCAAGUCAAUGGUAAGGAUGGAGCAGCCGAGGUCAUUUUUCAGAUGAUGCAAAUAAACAUUUGCAUCCCUGGUUCAGUCAAAAUUGAUCUUGAUUUUUUUUUUUGAUUUUGUAAAUAUAGUGCUAGAGCUGAAAGCUUUUAUUUAUUUCCAAUUUGAACAAUAAAUGAUACUUAAAUCCAGAUCGUGAAGUUCUCGAACAA